AUGGGGUUCCUGCUGGUGCUCUUCCUGGUCUUCUUUGCGCCACUGCUACUGUUCGUCGCAUGGCUUGCAGCUUCAUCUUGUCUCGGUAACCGCCUUCGAUCCCGCGAAGCCGGACUAGAUGCCUAUGGCUCGAGCUAUCUUCGAACCAUGGCCAACUCUGGGCCCGCCAUGUCGGAGCAGAUCGAGAUGGACGAUAUGCUAGCAGAACCAGGAAUCCGUCGCCAUUUCGAGGAAGACGAUUGA